AUGGAACUCAGACCACGAUCCGGCCGUUUUCAAACCAAAAGCGCAAUAGCGGAAAACAACAACCUUUUCCAAGGCACAAAUAGGCAGGUGGCAGGGCCGCGGCUGGAAGUCAGACCUGCUGGGGCAAGUCAACAAUCUGGCCAACAUCUGGGGCUUGAACCUCUAGGCGGCAACCUUGGCAACUCCAUGCGCCCGGAAGCCGGCGCAACUUCAGCUCCAAUGGACGGUGUUGCUGCUGCUGCUUCAACCUUUGCAUUGCCGCCACCUGCACCAGCACCACCGCCAUUACCGCGGCAACGACUGAGGCCCGGCAGCAUCGACGCUGCGCCCGCCUUCCCGCACAACGACCUGACGGUCAUCAAAUAUCAGCUGUUUACGGCGGCAGGUCGAGCUCUUCCCCCGAGCAGUCGGGCGCAGCUAGAGGCGGCGGCGGAGUUGCUGGAAGCCGCGGCGACGGCCAGAGCGGCGGCGGCGGCGGCGGCGACUCAACGAAGCGCCGCAGCUGCCGGCGCUGGCGAUGGUGCAUUCGAGGAUGCCACAGGAGGUACAGCUGACGCAACAGCAGCACCGGAUGUAAUGGAGAUGUCGCAGCAGCAGCAGCAGCAGCCGCCGUCGCAGUCGCAAGGCCUGGCGCUGCCGACGCCAACGCAGGAACCCAUGGACAUGUCGCAACCGCAACCGCAACCGCAACCGGCCCAAGGGCAGGAGGAAUCGCAGCAUCGGGUAGGGCCGCAUGGCGACGUCCUCCCUGCAGAACCGCAUCAGCCGCCGGGUGACUCCCUACUACUGCCAGACUACGCGUCCUGGCCGCUGCUUAGGUUGAGGACUCUGGACGGUCCUAAGACGGCGUUUGUGGCGCCAUCUAUGGUCGAUCAGCCCAGGAACGCAUGUGUGCGGCAUGUGUACGACGUGUUAUGGUAG